UCAGUCAUGAGCGAGAAGGCAGUACCAAGUUAUGUCAGGAGCCUUGUGGCUUAUUUCAUGCGCUGAUAAUACCCUACGCGGCCUACCCGGCUUACACAAAACAGCUUGGUAACGUCCAUACCCGUUCCGAUCCAGUGAGGAAAAAUCCAUAGGGUACAAAAGGCUAUCAAAGGGAUCUGAAAAAAAUCAAUGAGGCCCCUAGCCACCCAGUAACUGGGCGAUUUGUCCAUUUGUUAGUGGGACAGUGUUGAGAAAGCUUGGCCUGUGCUGGGCGACUCUGUCUUCACAACUCGGGUAGCUUUCAGACACGGAUUUAAUCAAAGGCAGGGGACGUUCCAUGGUUUACUGAAGAACAUUAAAACUACGACUCCAGGAUACCUUGAGAUAUUGGAUUAACUGGAUUCAAACCGUUGAUGGGUUCUCAGGGGUCAGAACCGGGAUAGACUGGAGAUAGAUGUGUCUAGUGGUGACUUUGUGGAGUGUCGUAGGCACAUAGUUCGCAGUGCAUGAACUUGUAACCACGGACUGUUAAUGAUAGAAGGAGCUUCAGGAUCUGGAUACUUACAUUGAAACAGAGAUGCUGAACACCUUCAUCACUCGACAGGUGUAACAGUGUCCUGGGACUCACAGAGGUGGCGGAAUGAGUGGUAUCACCCUACCCCCCAUCCCCGGGGCUGUCCCGGCCCCCCUGGCAGGGGAAUCCCGACCCAGCAGUCGGAGCAGCACGUGCAGCACCUCCAUGACCAUCGUCCCCCACGUGUACUUCACAGACCACUGUGUUUUUAAGACCCCUCGUUCCAACGGCAUCCCCAGAGCGUACGGGAAACUCCCCUCCCUCCGAAAGAACGGGAAAAGGGGACACAGUCGACAAUCAUCAGAUGUGAGUGCCCGAUAUUCCGCGAAGUAUCGACAGACCCCUCGCUCCGGUUCAGUAGUCAGUGCCAAUUCUCCAUAUUUACCUCAGAGCACAUCUGAAGAGUGCCUGAAAUGCCUACUUAGAGUCCCACACAAGAAAUGCGAAUCGCACAAGUACAUCAGGGUAGGCGGAGGAUAUCGUCAUGGUUACUGGUAUAUCAAAUGCCUCCUGGAAGAACUGGAGAUGCAGAGACAGCGUGAGAUGCUGAGACAACAACGACUUGAGGCCAUCAAAGAAAGCAAUGUGAAGGCGAUCAAGACAUACAUCCGCACAAAGAGUGGACGGUUGGUCGAGCGCAUCGUGUUCCUGAACGAGGAGGACUACGAGGCUUUCAAACAGGGCAAGAAUGUACAGGACAUCCUCAAGCGAUACCUCAACAAAGAUGAGGCUGCAGGACUGGAGUCUUGGGACAAGGAUGAGGUGAAGGCCAUAAAGACAUUAGUGAGAACCAAGAGUGGACGUCUAAUAGAAAAGCUUGUGUACGUGUCGAAGCAGGACUACGAGGACAUCAAGGCAGGGAGGGUAGACGCCAAGAAUGUCCUCAAGAAGUACGUGAAGACAGAGGACGGCGAGCAGAUUGAAGGAUGGGGAGAAGCCAAGAUGAAGACAAUCAAGACGUAUGUGAGGACAAAGAGUGGUAGGUUGAUUGAGAAGGUGAUUAUGAUAUCACAGGACGAUUAUGACGCUAUGAUAAGGGAUGGGAAGGAUCCUAGUGAGAUCAUUAAGCAGUAUCUUCCACUGGAGGAGGGACAGACGCUGGAGUCCUGGCAGAGCGCGGAGCCCAUGAAAGCUAUUAAGACAAAGGUGCGGACCAAGAGUGGUCGUAUCAUUGAGAAGACCAUCUACGUGAGCGCCGAUGACUACGAGAAGAUGAUGAAGGGAGGCGGAGAUCCGGCCGACAUUUUGAAGAAGUACCUCAAUCCCAAUGACGGAGACACUAUAGAGUCGUGGGAGAAGGCCCCUGACGGGCAGCCCAUGAAGGUGGUGAAGACGUACAUCAGGACGAAGAGCGGUCGGCUGAUUGAGAAGCAGGUCCUCCUGACAGAGGAUGAGUUCCGGGCGUUCCAGGAGUCCGGGGGAGACCCAGAGUUCCUCAAGAAGUUCAUCAAGUUAGAGAAGGGGGAGAUCAUCGAAGACUGGGAGAAGGCAUCCACUGUGUACUCGGCAACGGAUGACCCUGAAGUCCAGGCUGCAAAACCCGGAACCCGCAUAGUCGGUAAAGAUGGCGCCGUCUAUGAGGUCGUCGUCGACCCCGUUACGGGGAAGAAGUACAGGAAAAAAAUUGGUCAACAGGAAUCAGACGUCGACAGCGGCAUCGCAUCCAUGUCUCGGGGUAAAGGGGGGAAGCGACGGGGCGGUAAGGGAGGGGGGAUUGAUGAAGAGGAGACGCCGCAGGAACGACACAGACGGAAACAGGGGAAGAGGGACGCUGAUAGCGACAGCGACUACAGUUACAAAAGUCACCGUAGCGCCGGCGGCACACGUCACGUCAGACGACGACGGAAAAGGGCGGAUGGCACCUACAGCGAUGCUGAAUCGUACCACAGCAGCCAGGAUGAAGAUGGCCAAGCUCGGCGACGACGUCGACGACGAGAGAGGAAACACGGUUCAGACAGCGCUCACAGUUACUGCAGUGUGGUCAGUGCUGGGGGUACACGUCACGUCAAACGACGUCGAAAACGCGCCGACGGGACGUACAGCGCUAGUGAGUCCUACCACAGUUCUGACAGUGAUAAACCCGGAGGAGGAAGAGCGAAGAACCGGAAGAAAAAGAAGAAGGAACGGCGUGAACAUGGCAGCGACAGCGACCACAGCUACUACAGCGACGUUAGUGCCGGCGGCACGCAUCAUAGGAAGAGGAGACAGAGAAUCCGAGACAAGCAUGGAAACGUCAUCGGCCAUGGCAACGUUGAGGACUACACCAGUCCUGAAAAUUCCGACGAUGAAAGUGUGUACACCACGGUGUCGGAUGGGAAAGGUGGGAAGGUCCGAGUGAAGAAGCAGAAACCAGGAAAAGCUGGUAAAGGUGGGAAGGCUGGGAAAAAGGGCACGAAGAAGGGCCGGAACUACACCGGCGUCUUCAGCGACGAAUCAAGCGACGAUGAUGACGUUGAUUUGGAGAAUAUGACAGAGGAAGAGAAGAAGAAAUAUUUCGCAGAGAAGGCUAAGAGGAAGGAGGCACGAGAGAAGAGAAGGAGGGAGAAAUAUGGCGACAAAUAUGACGAAAUGGUCGCCAAACAUGAAAAACUGAAGAAAGAGUGGAGAAAACCGGUCUUCAGCGACGAAUCUAGCGACGAUGACGACGUUGAUUUGGAAAAUAUGACAGAGGAAGAGAAGAAGAAAUAUUUCGCAGAGAAGGCUAAGAGGAAGGAGGCACGAGAGAAGAGAAGGAGGGAGAAAUAUGGCGACAAAUAUGACGAAAUGAUGGCAGAACAUGACAAACGUAAAAAAGAUAAGCGACGUGAGGAACGUCGUCGCCUUGGCCUCGACAGCGCCUCCUCGUCUGAGUACGACGAACUCGGCAACAAGAAACCCAAAACCAAAGGGGCUAGGAAGGAUGGUCUCGUUGGUGAAGAUUCUGGUCUUGGUCCAGAUGGGAGGAAGAAAGGACGCAGGAAUCGUGAUGGCAACGAAGGUGAUGACGAAAGUGAUGACAAUUAUGACUUGAGCGGCCGGAGGAAGAAGAAAGGAGGCCACAGACCAGGGUCUGGAGAUGGUUAUGAAUAUAAAUACGAUGACAAGGGAAGAAUCAUCUCCAAGAAACGAAUUAAAAAGGAUGGGGAGAGCAGCGGCUCCGAAUAUGAGUAUGAAUAUGACGCCGACGGAAAGGUCAAAGCUGUCAAGAAGAAACGAAAAGGAAGUGCGGAGUCGGACGGGGAUUACUUCGAGGUGGAUGAGAAGGGGCAGAUUAAACUGAAGGAGGGAAAGAAGAAGAUUGACCUCAGUAAACUGACCGCAGAUGACCUCCGGAAGCUCGGCAUUGACCCCAACCUCUCCAAACAUGAGAUUGCCCGACUCCUGAAGGAGAAAUUUGGUGGUGCGAUCCAAAUUGUGGACAAGAAGAAAACGAUUGGCACAAAGAAGCUUGAUGAAUACGACAGUGACGUCAAAACUGACGACCUCGCCAACGACAGUGACUUGGAUAUUUCAACUCUGCGCGGUCCCCGGCGUGUGAACGUGUUGAUGAGGAGAGGUGGACAGGCCAUCCUUGACCACAUCAAGAAGGUGAUGGACCAGUCCAACCUCGGAGAGGACUACGCAAAAGACCUGGACGAGAAGGGUGACAUUGACUUCCUGUCCCACUACCGCCUGGUCGACCCCAAGAAGUUGGAUGCGUACGCCAAAUGUUUUGCGGUCGAGGACGAGGAUUACGAUACAGUCAUUAACGCAGGGGAGACACGGAUCGCUCUUGACGGCGUCCCUACCAUCCAGCAGAUGACGGCAAAACAGAUGGAAUACGUCCUGAAGGUGUUGAAGAUCGAUGACGCCAGCCAGAUCACCUUCAGGAUGUUUUCCGUCAUCUCAGCUCUGUCGGAAAGGGUCACACAGAUGGACCCCGUUUCAAAGCAUCUGAUUGAGAUCUGUGACCUCCUGGACAUUCAGCGCAAGAUGAACCUUUACAAAGCCAUGUUCUACUGCAACGUCAACUCCGACAGAGACUCUAACUUCAUCAAGGCAGACUCCCUGCGUAUAGAACUCAUCGCCGGCGGCCUGAACUGGAAACAACAACAGUACAUCAUGGAGAGACUACAACCCAACUACUUCAACGAGAUAUCCUUCCUCGACUAUAUAUGCUACAUCCCGCUCUUCCUCUCCAUGCACGACAACAUCAUCGACAAUCCCUUGGACAUGUCCGACGACAAGUACGACUCCAUGCUCCGCAAGCCAUCAGGAGGUCACCGCCAGAGGGACAUCAACCCUCUUGGUCAGCCACUGGACAAGAAGUCUUCCUAUCAGAUGCGACAGCAGGCGCUGGAUCUACUUGAAGGUCGCAUAAACAUCGACGACGUAAAGAAGGAAGAUAGAGAGCUGCUGCAGAAAUACACCACAUUACCCAAGAUACUGGAGUCCGCUCCUUCAACGCCGAGGUCGACAUCAAGUCUCGGAUGAUGCGCGUCAUUGAUUCAAUUAGACCGAUAAAACCAACACGUGAAUGUUAAAUAACCUGAAGAAAAAAAGAAGCAAGAUAAUCGAAAAUGAUAAACAGGCAUUUUUGCGAAUGCAAUUCUAUUGAGAACGCAUUUUUAAUCAUCGGCAUUUGAAGAUUAAGGUUGCCAAAAAACAAUCUCUAAUUUCCCGAGAGCAGAUUCAUUUGAAAUUAACAAUCUACAUUGCUACACAGAGAACCCUCAAAAUUUCGUACACGGUUAGUCCGGAAACCUCACAAUUCCGGACAUUCUACGAAUUCCUAACAAUUAAUAUUGGGAAAUUCUACGUAUAGAGAAUCCCACCAGAGUGUCGUUUGAUAUCAAAUAUAUCAACACGAGACGAUAAAAUGUUAAAACUCCGAAGCUUGCCAAAACCAUUCUUCCAACCUUUUCAGUUUGUAAACAGUAAUAACCAGUGUCUUGAGUGUAACAAGUAAAGUCAACCAUCUUGGCAGAGGUGAAUGAUGCUACUUGAUAGUUACAUGAUGGUAACCCAUGACGUCACAAUAGUAUGCAAAGCAGUGUGAUGCAACGCAUUGUAAGGAAAUCUCCUAAGAGCUAUCGCCUGAUCCCACUAUAACGAUAUCUCCCGUGGACGCCAGCUUGGGAUGAUAUGAUAUGACAUUGCUACCAACGAUUCAGUUAUUCUGAUUUUUAUCAUUCCUGGGGAUUUCACUAAGAACGAUACUGUCCUGAUAAACGGGGUUUCUCUUUACUCCCUAAGUUUGAUUUUGACCUCUCACGAAUAUAUUCAGUAAGGGGUGUUUACGUACGUGUAUUAUGUUUCCUAACAGUUAUUAGUUUUGUACAUACAUUCUAAAAUGUCUAAUUUAUUUUACUAUUAUCAAAUGCGUGAAACUGUAUAAAAUGGUGCUAAUACUUUGCCACUAGACAACACAAACGUGUUGAAUCUGAAUUCUAUAUAUUCUUGUGUGAGUAAGAUAUUGUCGUAUCAUAUAGUGAACUUCGGUUUCAGACCUGUGUGGAAUAACUGACCUAUAGUUUGCUAUGCAUAUUAAAGUGCUCCUUCGUAUCUCUGAAAACAUAAUUCGUGUUUAAAUGGACAAAAAUAUCAAUGCGUGUAGAAGUUAUUAGUGUAAAGGUCUUAAGCAAAAUGAGAGCAAGGACGUCUUCAUACUUCUCGUUAAGAAAUUAAUCACUGAAUACAAUCUAUGCACUUUCUUAUUAUUACGCUGUUCAAGGCUGUAUAGGUCAAUCUUCUCUGUUUUUAUUACGUUCGCAGUCUACCAUAUACAUAUAAUGUAUACACACUGUGGCUGAAUGUCUGCUUUGACCUUUCUGAUCAAUUGGUUUCAGAAUUGUUCUCAUAAAGCCAAAGUUAUGAAACUAUCACGUUCUUCCAAAGAGCUUUCCUAACGCCAAGCGGUAAUGUGAAUUUUACCGAUCAAUUGAUUGACGAAUGUAUGUUUUUCGUUGUGGUUCUUUGAACAGGAAGACAAACGGUACUUCGCUGCUGUUUUAUUUUUCCUAUUAAAUGUUUUAAACACCCCACAGGAAGAAAAUAAAAACAUAUUUCAUUGAUGGGUAUAUGAUUCCAUAUACCAGGUAAUAUAAAAUACCUCGGUUGUGUUUGUUAAUUGGCAGCAGAUAGAUCUGUUGUGUGUUUGUUUUAAAUACUGUUACCCUUCAUAUAUCCAUUCAACUAAUGCACUGAGGUGGCAGCGUCGUCACGUAUAGUAACUAAUCUCCAAGCUACAGCUGUGAUAGCAAGUUAACAACACCCAGUUAGAUAGUUAUCCGUCCAGUUCCAAUGUGCCAAUAUUUGUUUUUGUUUUUUCAUAAUGUUUGAAAGCGUGAUUUGAAUAAACAUCAGUAACUCAA